GCAUGAAUGCGUUGACUGCACUUUGAGACGACAAAGAAGGUCUACCAUCAUAAAGCUGAAUCGCCCUUUGGGACUCGGUGAAACUUGCGAAAAUGCGUGGACUUUGCAUCUGCCUUGUCUUUAUCCUUGUCUGUGGUCUUGUAACUGCCACGGCUGCCGCCCCGGCUGAAAGCGAGGUGGCUCACCUCCGUGUUCGUCGAGGCUUCGGGUGCCCCCUGAACCAAGGCGCCUGUCACAACCACUGCCGCAGCAUUCGGCGCCGAGGCGGCUACUGCUCUGGCAUAAUCAAGCAGACCUGCACCUGCUACAGGAAUUAAUGCCUCCGCAGCGGUGACCCGUUUUCCCCACAUGGUUUCCUCAAAGAAUAUUUGCUAGUCGCGUUUACUGUCGCGGUUCUUGUGCUAAGGAAAUUUCAACCCCGGACUACUUACAGAAUGUAAGGUCUACAGUCGGCAGUAACAAUUAUUUCGAAUAUCCUGUUACUUACUUUGAGGCAUUAAACAUUAGGAGAACCUUACACGCGUGUUUAUUUUAGCAAGCUUACAAUAAAACUACGACUUGAUGCUUUGGAAACGCUUUGCUGGUGUAUACGCUUUCAAGAAAGACAAUAUGCAUAAUAAAGUUCGUUAUGCUUUCA